UUUGUAAUCAAUAUCCAGCAACUUCAUUAAAAAAAAUAUUUCCACAAACAUGGGCUAUAUGAUAUCUUGUUUUGUUUUCUUCCUCCUUACUUUUGUGACUUAUACUUAUGCUACCUCUUUCGAGGUUCGAAACAACUGUCCGUACACCGUCUGGGCGGCGGCGACCCCAGUAGGCGGUGGCCGACGUCUCGAUCGAGGCCAGACAUGGGUCAUCAAUGCACCAAGGGGCACUAAGAUGGCACGUAUAUGGGGUCGUACUAAUUGCAACUUUGAUGGUGCUGGUAGAGGUUCAUGCCAAACUGGUGAUUGCGGUGGAGUCCUACAGUGUACCGGAUGGGGCAAACCGCCAAACACCCUGGCUGAAUAUGCCUUGAACCAAUUUAACAACCUAGAUUUCUGGGACAUUUCUUUAGUCGAUGGAUUCAAUAUACCGAUGACUUUCGCCCCGACCAAACCUAGUGGAGGCAAAUGCCACUCCAUUCAAUGCACGGCCAAUAUAAAUGGUGAAUGCCCUGGUUCACUUAAGGUACCCGGAGGAUGUAACAAUCCUUGUACCACAUUCGGAGGACAACAAUAUUGUUGCACUCAAGGUCCAUGUGGUCCUACAGACUUGUCCAAAUUUUUCAAACAAAGAUGCCCAGACGCGUAUAGCUACCCACAAGAUGAUCCUACUAGCACAUUUACUUGUCCAAGUGAUAGUACAAAUUAUACGGUUGUUUUUUGCCCAUAAUUAUAUUAAUGCCACAAUAGAGCAUAUUUUGCUACAAAUGGUAUGAAAAAUUGCUAAAAUAAUAAGUGAUAACUCCCUUCAACUUAUAUAUUUCUAUCAUAAUGAAUAAACAAUAAUAUCGUUAAUUGUG